AUGCAUCGCGGUGUGCUGAGCAGUCUGCUCUUCUUGCCCUCUGCGCUUGGAGUUGCCAUUCGUCAAACCACUGCAACCUCGGGCACGACCACAGGGGAACUGGGAAAUGCGACAGCGAUAGACAGCAACCCGCAAGGAGUAUCGUUCAAGGCUUCGUUCCCAACGGAUAAGCAAUUCACGCCUACACCAAACGGAAAUGUCCGGGGCGUGGUGCUCGCUCAGACGGGAAGAGAUGGGAAGGGUGUGCGAUAUGAUAUCAUGAUUGAUAACCUUCCGGACGAGGGUGGUCCUUUCCUAUACCAUAUCCACACGGAGCCUGUGCCUCCAGAUGGAAACUGCAACGCGACGCUGACUCACCUCGAUCCCUUCCAACGAGGCGAGAGUCCACCUUGCGAUGCCGCCCUCCCGACGACGUGCCAGGUGGGAGAUCUCGCCGGCAAGUACGGAGCCAUCACCACGUCCCCGUUCGAAGCGUCGUACACAGACCCGUUCACAGCGACGGCUGAUGGCCAGUCCUUCAUCGGAAACCUGAGCGUCGUCGUGCACUUUGCCAACAAGACCAGGAUCACCUGCGCCAACUUCCUGCAGAUGGGAGCCGAUGGGCUGUUGUCAUCUUUGUGA